AUGCCUUGUCAGUCAUGGCCAGCCAUACCUUCCUUCUUCCCGCUCCUCCCACACCCCGCGAGGACUUCUGCAACACCCAAAAGGAAAAGGCCUCUGCGCUGGAGACCAACCUGGUUCAAAAGCUAUAGCUAUAUUGCAGCCGACACUAUUUGGAACCCCGGGCAUCCUCUUCACCCAAGUGACAACGCCAUGCCAAACCUUGGCAGGGGAUCUGCUUCUCUCACAGGUAUGACUGGGGCACUCUCAGCAAGCAACACUCUUGAGCGCGCGAGAAGACAAGCGGUCUAUUUCUCUAGGACGAGCAUUGCUACAAGCUUAUCUAUCCAUCUGUAUCUUCCGCGUGAUUGUCGACAACAGUCAGUCCGAGGAAACCGAAUACGGUCUCACCAGGACGACUUCCCAAGGAAGAGCAACUUCGAAAGGUCACGCCUAAACUUUCCAAACAGCAGAUCUAGUGGUCUAUACCAGUCAUAUUGCUCCGUCAGAGCCAAUGUUUCGUACUCGGAUCUCGCGGAUCGUGGUUCGAUAAUUGCACACAGUCUUUCGCUUCCUUGUCUUUUCUCUCAAGAUACAAGAUUCCCAGGGAGCUCGAUCGCCUUAGAUUCAUCACAGACCACGAAAACGGCAGGCAUAAGCUCAAGGUCACCUCAAAAGCUCGAAAUAUCGCGCAAGUAUCAAGUUUGGUCCACCUGGAUGGAAUUGCAACAGCCCGAGCAUACAAAGCUCAUACGCCCGCCUCCAGGAACUCCACAAACUGAGCUCCUUGCCAGUACUUCGUCCGACCAGUUGCCUAUAUCUAUGUUGAUACAACAAGCGUGGAAAGGGGCUAGUGGCAGUUCUUCUGCAAACUCAACCAAAUUGAUCCUCCUCAACCCCAGCAAGGGUCGUCAUGUUGACAAAGGAAGGCCAGCAGAAAACAGAGUUCACAAUUUUACCCCAAAGGCACGGCGCUCUGCAGCUGACUUGCACGGCCAGUUGCGCUUACAACAUCAUAGCAUGACUUCAAAUCCAUAUGACCAAGCACUAAGUUCUAGUGAAGGAGGAGGCUCCUCUGCGCGACAAAAGAAGCUAGUGCGCAUGCAUCGUUCAGAUAAGGAAUUUCGAAAAGAUAACAAUCAAAAGUUGAAUAGACCACUCACAGACAAAAUUUCCAUCCAAGAGCUAAGUAACUGGGAGAUACAGUUCAUAGAUGGACUGGACCGGAAGCUCGAAUGGCUCUACAACCAACUCAGCCCGGGGCGGAGACCGUAUCAUUUUGCCAUGCUAGCAAAUCACUGGCUCAAUAAAGAAACUUGGAUUGUGAUCGACCCACCUACGCGGGUCUCUAUCGACGCUAGACGGCAGUUAGGAGAUCCAAGAUUCAAUGUGCCAUACCCAAACACUGACUGGACUCCGAAACCCAAGUACCCAAAGGUGCGACGCAAGGCGGCCUAUACCCCUAGGAUCGACUCCUGGAGAGCAGCUGUCAACCGGAAUAGACAGGUGUUAGGGCUACAUGAUAUUGUCAAGGUAUUCAAACUCUACGAUGACCCUGCCGGUGAUCCACCGGAUGGUAAGGUUGACCCGUCGUGCUGGAUCCUCCGUAAACCACCUCAAGGCAUAUGUAUGUCAACUCGACAGAAACAGGUAUAUUACGAAGGGGGGGCAGGCUGGCAGGAGACGCUUGAUGAUUGGCAAAAGGUCCGGCGUGGUUAUCGCAUUCGGAAGGCAGUUCAUGAAGGCAGGGCCAAUAGAACAAGAGCCAGGGAGAUUGCGCUAGGCAUCAGUCGAUAUUACCGUAUGGUAGCGGCAAAAGAUUCUUGA